GAGAAGAAUUACCAGACGAAGAGGAGGAAGAUUCCGAUGCGUCUGAAACCCUGCAGCAGCCCCCUUCCAAGGCUAAGGGCAAGAAAAAAGACAAGGCACUCAAGAAGGUUCAAAAAUUCGAAAAGGUCAUGAAGAAGGCAACAAAGCAUUCAGACCAGAACAAGACCGAUAAAGAAGUCGGUGCUGUCACGAAGGAUGCCGAAAAGGAGAUGAACAAGAUGAUGAUGAGCAACAAACAACGGAAGUUGUACGAGAAGAUGAAGCAAAGACGCUGCCUGUACGAGGAAGUAGCUCGGCACGCUCUCGGUCUAUCCAACCUACAAUUUGGUGAGAGAAAUAGACUUUGUGAAGACACGCUGUCACAAUCACAAGACCUACCCGUCGUCCCAAUGGGAAUGCGUUUGGUUGCCGGUGCUGUGCGCCAGUGCAUAGUGGGCUCGGCAGGCUUUUUCCAAGACGAUACGCAAUUAUUCAAACCCCAAAGGAAUAGGGCAAAGGAAGAGGACGCCUUCUCAUGGAUUUCGUACAAAGCUUCUGCCGGCAUCGGUACAUUUUAUCCGACAUAUAAGCGCAAUGACAUAAAAAUAGCUGAGGGAUGGGUAUCAAAUGGAUACUCGACAAGUCCAAAACCAAACAACAUGGGCUACGGUCCUACUUGCGGAGUAACGACCCUCUACGCUGUGG